GCCAUCUUCAAACAUCAAAUCGUGCACUGUUCUGCAGAAGAUGUAAAAAAUGUGCUUAAAUGUUGACAAUUUUACAUUGUUUUUAAGAAAUCGAUAACUUUUUAACAAUCAUUCGUUUUACUGUAAAUCGUGGUCUGGUGAAACCGUGCUUGGAAUUGCAAUUAGUUGUGAAACAACAUAAUGCAGAACGACGCUUCUGCUACCAUUGACAUGGACUGAAUCGUUGGGGAACGUAUGCUUGAUGCUAUUAAGUUUUUUUGCGUGAAAUUGUAGCGUCUUGCGACAUGGAGGCCGAAAAAAAGGAUUCGGAAGAAGGGACUUCAUCCAGUACUGCAGAUAACGUCAUAAACGAUGAAACUAUUACCAAAACGCCGUCUGAUACAAACUGGGAAGGUGCAAAUAGUGGGACCACUCAAAAUAGUGCAGAUGUAGGAGGAAGUGAUGAUAAUAAUGAAGAGAAGCAAACCGUCGACCCGUCGAUGGAAAACACCGAAAAAGGUGACGGAAAUGCUCCUGAAAAGACUGAAGCGAAAGAUGAAACAGUGAGUGAGAGUAAAAUUGAAGAAAAGAGUGCGCCUGAGGAUAAUAAAGACACAUCGGUUCAAGAAUCGCCUCCAAAAGCGCCAGAGAAGGAUGACACUAUUCUCAAUGAUGUAGACAUAACAAUGCCCCCAAUCCAGACUUUGGGUAAAGGAAAACGGGCACGAAUCCCAAAUAAGCGUUACAGUGAUAUUUUGUUAUCGCCUCAAUCACGAUCACAUAAAACCAAUUACGAAAACGGCGACAAACAUGAAAAAAUCGAACACGAAGCUGAAGACGAUGAAAUGGCAAAUAUCUCGGACGUUACAUCACUUAAGUCGCGCACGGACAGCGACAGUCCAGCAGCGAAAAAAAUGAGACUAGCUAUAGACAUAUCAGACCCGAAGUAUCGCAAACCGUUUUUGUACGGCUGGAAACGCGAAUUGGUCUACAGAGCCACCAGUGAUAACCCCAAUAAACGAAAUGGAGAUAUUUAUUACUACACUCCAACAGGAAAAAAAGUACGAUCUAUGCGCGAGCUUGCGGAAAAUUUAAAAGGCAGAGAACUAACUGUGGAUAAUUUUACUUUCUAUAAAGAACCAAUAGGUCUGGAUGAUCCAGAAAAAGAAAUUAUUCGGGAUGCGAAAGCGUGGAAUAAAAAGACGCCUGGGAAGGGGGGGAUCAAAACGCCGAAAGUUUUGAGUCCGAAAAUGGCAAGUCCAAAGGUGGGGACUCCAAAAGGGGGCACUCCGAAGGUUUUAAGCCCUAAAACUCCAGAACCGGAACCGCUGCAACCGACGAGGAAGUCGGGGCGGAAUUUGGGCAAUAUCAAGAAUUUGCAGGUUAAGUUGCCACCUAGCAAGACCCGUUCUGAUAGAAGAGGCAAAGUGGAAGAAGAACCCAUGGAGGUGGAACCUUCCCUUUCCAAACGCGCAGCUUCUAAAAAAAACACUUCAAAAGCCCUACCCAAUGUAGAAAUGGAGGGCAAACCCUGUCAACCCUGUUCGAUUCGAUGCCAGGGUGUUAUGGGUAUGGUACCGACGCUCCAAUGUCGCAUUUGCCUAUGUUUAUACCAUUAUGAGUGCGUUGGACUAUCGUCGCAUAUUCAGAUCCAAGCCUACGUUUGCAAGAAUUGCCAACUGGAGCAUGGUCAGAGCGUCGCAACAUCUGCGUCAAUUGUUCUUCCACCUCUCACACCCAUAAAUACCCUGAAAUCAAUGACGACCCAGUCGUCAGUACUGCCAACUUUGCAACGAAUACCACGGCCUGGAGAUUCACCCCAACGGGAUACUUCCAUCUCGGGGGGAGUCCCAAACAUGCCCCGAUUGCUUCCCUUACCAAAAGACGUGCCAACGAAACAGAGCAAAAAUCCUACUCAAACGGCGACAGAAACCAAAAGUUUGGUCGGUUCGGUGACGACAUGGUUACCUCACAGUUCGACUAUUCAAGUCGAUAAUAUGAGGAAUAAAGAAAAUGAACCGAUUGAGGCACCUAGACCUCAAUAUGUUGAGUAUUUAGCUGGUCGGAAGUUUUUAAUAAUACCGAAACAUAAUGUUGUUUCGGUGUCACCGACUGUGACUAAACCGACGAAUUUUGAGUCGGUUAGUGGUGAGGUUGAGGAACAAUCACCGAAAAAUACUCAAAUUAGUUCAGACGAAGCGCCGGCUCAAAGUACCGAUGAGGUACUACCGGACAAUAUUCAAGAAUCUCAACCUGAAGAAAACAAACUAGAAUCUGUUGAAUCUCCAAGAACCACCAGACGUACCGCCAAAUUAAACAGCACCUCUAGUGACAAACACGAAGAACCCCGAUUCAUGGAUAAUUAUCUACAGAAUCUUUCCUACGGCUACAACACACUUUUAUACGUUUUUCAGUAUCUGAAAGUACAAGAUUUGUUAAGGGCGGGUUGUGUUUGCACCAUGUGGAGGGAUAUUGCGAAUCAUCCGUCGUUAUGGCGAACAGUUAGGAUGAAAAAUUCUCAAGUACAUAGUUUUGAAGGGCUAGCAAAUACUUUAAAAAAGCACGGAACUGUGCAUCUCGAUUUGAGAAAAAUGCUGCUGCCGACGAAUGGUGGCGAUGAUAUUUGGCCAGAAUUCUCCAGAGUCAUUGAAAAGGUGCAGACUUUGAGGAAAAUUGAGCUGUGCAGAUGUCCGGCGUCCGUUGUUGAGCAACUCGCCGUCACCAACAAAGACUUGGAGGUGAUAAACGCUGUAACAAUAAAAUGCGAAAGCAUGAGUCUUGAUAAGUUAUCAUUGCUCAAAAAUUUGAAAGAAUUGCGACUUAAAUCGACGAGUGGUCUCACCCUUUCGUCUGAUAUUACAUCACUCAAAGAAUUAACAAGUCUGACCCAUCUCUCAUUGACCUCAAUUAAGGACCUCAAUAAAAUGAGUUUGAGCGUCAUAGCGGCGUUGAAAGAUCUCGAAUCUCUGGAUUUAGGGGAAUGUAACGAUUUUCCAAGUACUUUCGGCGACGAGAUUUUGAUAAAACUGAAAAAGUUGGAGAAAUUGCGGUUGGAGAAAGGUCAAGGGGAGUGUCAUACGUUCGAGAUUUUAGAUGCUGUCAGACAAAUGCCAUAUUUGGAGCAGUUGGAGUUGGUUAAUUUCGACAUAAAAAGCGGGUUUGAUGUGGCGCUAGGAGCGUGUAGUAAUAUAAAAAAGUUGUUGAUUAUUCCAACUUACAUUUCGCAAAGUGCCACGACGAAUCACAUGGUGUUAGGAGGUGUGCUGAGGUUGCAAAGCACGUUGUCGCAUUUUGUAUGGGGAGUUACUUUGGAGUUGUUACGUGUAACGGAGUUGUUCGUCGACCAGUGCGAAGAUCCCGAUAAGAAGGAAAAGAAAGAUAAAAAAGCGGUCGGGAAUGGGGAUAGUAUCCCGGUUUUGAAACCAGUACCUUUAAUAACGGACAAAUAUGAUGCUAUACCACCAGCACACGAUCCACCACAAGUUGAAAUCUUACCACUUCCGAACCUACAAAAAUUGUUACUGCAAAGUUUACCAACGACAAGGGUUAAGAUUCUCAAAAUUCCCUUUCAUGCGACUUGGAGGCAGAGUAUUACUGAUACAGUUAAUUAAUUUAGGUUUUAGAGAAUAUUUUAUUUAGUCUGUUGUACUGAUAGCUGUAGAUAUUAGAAGAAUCUGUUUUUGGAUUUUGCUUUAUCAUCGAUGUACAAUAUUCUUGUGUAAAUUAUAGAUUAGGAUUAUUUGAUCAAGAUUUGUUUAAGAUUCACAAUUGCAUGUUUAAGACUUUUUUUCGUAUUUAUAUUUGAAUCUUUUAUUUUAAUUAGGCAUGUAAAUUACGAAAUUUUCAAUAAUAAUUUUUUAAACUUU